UCGAGCGUCCUUGGCCGCACUAGCACUACUACUCAUCAUCCUAUCCAGCAUCUCCCCCGAUUUUACAAGUCACUGGUAACUAUAGUCUAUAGCUAAGUAGCUUCUGCGAUUUCUGAAACCACUCCAGCACUCUUGUUGCUUCUGAAACUUCAACCCAUGGAGGGCGUCAUCCCGUUCGUCUUCAAAGUCAUCGCGCAGUACAAGGAAGAAGGGCAGGCCUCCUUCGGCGGCUUGCUAUCGGAUUCUGACGAGCCCUCGCCGGUGUCGCCGUACGUGCUCCUGCCGGGUGAUUCUGACGGCCGCCACCGCGACGAGAUCAGGGAUCAGCAGCUGUGUCCGACGUCCGUGCACGCCGAGGCCGUCACCACCUGCACCGCGCGGGCGUCUCCAAUCCGAUGCCCGACGCUGCGGCGGCGUGCCUAGGGUCGUGAAAUUUGGCGAUCAAAGUGGCAGGUUUGGUGACACCGGACCUAAGGUCCUUGCAAGAUGAACAAGCAUGAACUGGAAAAGAACAUACUGGUUUUCGGGUUCUGUAUGCUUUUUACUAGCUUUUAUGCCUUUUUUCCCCCUCUGUCGCUGGAGCUUGUUAAUGAGGCAAAAUAAGUCUCAAAGGAGGCUUUGCAAGUUAAGCAUCAAGUGUUCUGUAGUGUGAAAAAUAAACAGGUAACAAGUAGCCUGUAUGUGCGCAACAGGAUGGCUAAUUAUGCCAUUUUGUGUUUUUUGGGAACAUUCUGUCAUUGGGUCUGUCGUGA